AUGACAACCUUUUUCAGACUCUCCCGCAGAUGCUGCCGGCGGCGCCGGAAACGUUGCCUGCCGAUCGUGUUCUGCGUGGUGUGCUUCUCGAUCCUGAUCCUCUGGGUGCUGGGAGACAUCUACCAGAAGCGGAUCCCAUUCUUCAGCAAUUCAACGUAUAAUUACUCGGAUUAUGAUCCGGUUGAGUUUGACUUUAGCAAUGGUUCGGAUGGAAGGUCUUUGCUGUUGCCAGCUUCAAGCGAUGAGCGCUAUUGCUCAGUGGUAUCCUCGUGCAAAAUCUACUGCCGCUGCAUGGAUUUGGAUGGUUUAUCCUUUGAGAUUGAUAGUUAUUUGGAGGACAACCCUUGCGGUGAGAUCGAGUUGAUCAUCGAGGAGCUCCUGAUUCCUGACCGCAAGCUGUUCCGUGGUUGGAUCUCACUGUCUAGUGAUGUCGUGAUCACGAACUUGGAGCUGAAAAACUCCAAUAUAACGGAAAUUCCUCCGGAAACGUUCGACAGCAGCUGCAUCCACGACUUGACGGUGUUGACUGUUGAUAGCUUGGAGGUGACCAGGUUGGAGGCCAACGUAUUCCUGGGGUUGAAACGACUCAAGGAGUUGAAUUUGAAGAACCUGAAGCUAAAGGUGAUUGAACCGUUCGUGUUGGCUCCUAUCAAGUUUACCUUGUCCAGUUUGCUGGUGGAGGGUUGUUUGGAUCUGAUCAACCCAAGGCCUUUCACCGGAUCGACCACAGUGGACCACUUGGAGAUUGUGUCGUUUGAAUUUAACGUUUUUGAGGAUGUGAUCAGUGACGAUGCGUUCGCGAUGGUUCCAAAAGUGUCAAGUCUAUACCUGAGGAAUUCUCGUAUUACGGUGAUCACAAAGAGGAUGAUUGAUAGCGUUGCAAGUUCGAUAAAGCAGAUUCAUCUAGUUGGUAAUGAGUUGCAAACGAUCGAGGUUGGAGUGUUCGAUGAACUUGUGGGUCGGGGUGUUAAGCUUCAUUUGGGGAACAACCCAUGGGUUUGCGAUUGUAACUUGAGUUAUCUGAAAGAGCUCAUCGUAGCUAACGAAGAAAUGUUUGACGAAAUCAAGUGUGAAGAACCCCCAGAGUUCAAUGGAAUGUUACUGACAGAGGCAAGAUUCUGUGCAACCUCAACAAUAACACCUACGGAGGAAACAUCUCCUGACGAAACCACGUUGGACGAUACCACCAAUCCAACGGAAUCUUCGUAUCGUCCAACGUUGCCAACAAUUAAUCCAACGGGCACACCAACCGAUAAAACAACGGAAUUGCCACCGGUACCGACGAUUCCUCCUUCUGGACCUACAGAUCCUAUCCUUCCUGAUGAUCCUUCAACAACAACAAUCGCACCGCAAACAACCUCAACAACACAAGCCUCAACACCCGUCCCAACACCCACACCCCCAGCCCCUCCCAUCUCCAGCCCCGCCCCGCCCUCGAACGUCAUCAACAUGAACUGCAUCUCCACAACCAUAACGCUACAAGCCAACGUGUCCCCCGUGGCGCAGGCCGAGGACGACACCUUCGCGAUCCGCCGACGCACCAAGACCUUCUCCGUCUUCGAGUCCCAGGAAGGGGCCGUCGAAAUCGUGCUCGAUCAGUCCUACCCGAACACGGUGAUCCUGUGGUUCUACGAUACGGCCUCCUCGAAUGCGAUCUUCACGCUCAACAUCGAGGAGGGCGCGUCCUGUGCCGACAUUUACGGACGCGUCGUGCGCAUUUCGAACCUCAUCCCGGACAAGACGUACCUGUUCUGCGUGAUUUACAAGUUUGAGGUUACGGUUUCGCCCUUCGACUGCUUGCCGUACAAGUUGCAGCCCUCGUACGGCCAGCGCACCUGGAUGGUGGAGGACCAGAAGACGAUCGUGAUCAGCAUACUGAUUGCGUCGGUUGCGGUCGCCGUUAUGACGGGGAUUGCGCUGACGUACUGUUUCAUCAGGAGCUUUACCAGCUAUCAGAAAGCUUGCACCAAAACGCGUCCCAUGGAUCUCAGGCACAUCGACAAGAGCACCACCAACCAGUGCUACAUGUCACCGGUCGUUGAAAAGCCGGAAAGAGCCCGCCACAAGCGCAGCGUGUCCGAGUCCAGCAUGGAGAGUGGCCGCAGCUACGUCUCGGCGGUCGUUCCCGCCACCCAGUUCCAGUACAUUUCGUGGAAGAUGGAGAACCACCCGCCGCCGCAGCAGUCGUCCCGUCGCGCCGAGCAGGGGGACUUUUACCCGAAGGAUCCGCCGCCCCCGCCGCUGCCGCCACAUCCGGUCAGCGGAGGCAAACGACGGUCCGGCGGAAGUCGGCAAAAGUCCGAAAUUAAGAUCAACUUUCACGAGAUUUACGACGAACCCAGCAGCAGCUACACGGACAGUCCGCCCCAGCCGCCGCCCCUGCCCAAGCACCCGGGACGGUAUUGA